ACACCCUCAUAUCAUAGCGCAUUGUACAUGCACGUAAACAUAUCACAGCUGCAAUCGCCGGUGACUUCCGUGUUCAUGCAUACAAACUUUAAAAGAACCGAAAGUAAGACGUCUUAAUUUAACAAAAAGAGAGUUCUGUCUUAAGCUACACAUAACUUGGUGGGCAAAACAAAUUAAUUUAAAGGCAAGCACACUGACGUGACUGACUGAACUUCCUAAAGUUAAACUCGAGUCAAGCAAAAUUGUGCCAACGUCGACAGACAACGUAAAUUUACCAUGGAGGCUUCUGCGCCAAGUACACGGCAGUCACGCUCUGCGCCGAGCACAAGGCAGUCAUCUCAACCCACGAUAGGGAGCAACAGCGGCAGAUUUAAGGACAGAAACCCGGACAUGACUACAGCGGGCAAACUGAUCACAAUGGAAGGAGAAACAACAAGAGAUUGCCUUAAUAUUGAAAGGGUGCAAACCCCAGAUCAAGUGAAGAAAUUCCGGAACUUUACCCAACCUGAGCCACAAGUCCGACGAGUUUUCUACGGCAAAGCUCUGGAUCCAGACGUAGCUUCCACAGUUAACCAUGGAGUCAAAACAAAGACUUCGCUCUUUUCUGGCGAGCUAAUCAACCCAGAUCCAAAGUCACUAUUCACACAGCGAUUGGACGACAAGAAGGAAUCGUCCCUCUACCUCAGCAAACAGAAGGCCCCGCUUGGCAAGUCACAUGACCAGGGCAAGGGUUUGCCCAAAGGGAUGGACCAAUAUGAGGCCAAGUUUGGCAUCAAGAAUGUUUUUGAUGUGACAGCGGGCGAGCUGGUCAGCCCCAACAAGACCUACCAGCAGGUCAUGGAGGAGAGCGAAGCAGGUCGCGACCUUUACAAAGUGACCCACCACGAGUUCCACGUCGGGGAAGCGGUGGACCGCAACUACGACUGGAGCCGCUAUCCGAAGGACAGCAUGUUCGGCAUUGCAACGCCUCACGACAACGACGGCAAACACGUGGCCAAGACGCUGAAGUGGCUCCGAAAUGACCAUCUUGACAAAGGUACUAAAGUGGUCGCCAAGCGGGUGGAUGACUUCCGUGAGCGCACGCAGCCCCAACUCGGCCAAGUACACGACCCAAUCAAGGAAACCCUUCGCGUGCCGCCGGACCACACCUUCGGGAUCUUGAUCAAGCCUGAUGAGUUCGGCGCCGGGGACCUGAUGCACGGCCGAUCCCAGGAGAGCUACCUUCGAGGGAAGGACAGGGACCGUGGGCUCCUAGCUGCCAUCAGGCAACAGCUCAAGAAGGCCAACUACCACAACUUUAAUGAUCUGCAGGCUGCCUUCAAUCACUACGACAAGAACGGCGACGGCAAGAUUGACAUUCAAGAGCUACGGUCCUGCUGCAGCCAGUUCAGCCUCCCCAUUGAGCCCGAGCUCCUAGAACAGCUGAUUGACUACUGCGACAAUAACAAAGACGGCUACAUCGAUUACGCCGAGUUUGCCAACUUCCUGAACUGGAAGGACAAGAUGCAGCAGGGCGUCGAGCCGCCCCCGGUUGGCGAACGGCCAGAGCAAGCAGCCGAGGACGUGGAGAGACUCAACAAACAGAUUGACCAGUCCAUCGGGGAGCACCGCACGUCUGCGUCCAUGAUCAAUGCCGUAGUAGGAGGGGUGUCCACAAAAGAUUACCGCAUGUACGGGAUCCCGACGAUUCGCAGUGACCUGUCAGCUCCUAGGAUCAAGAGAAUCAGCGACAACAAGAACUAUGGGGAUGAAUCUGAUGCCUUCGGCUUGAUCAACCCGUCCAUGUACAGCAACAGGGGGGUCUAUGAAAAGGACUUCUUCCAAGCAAGACCCCAGACACAGAUCAAGGAUAUAUUCACGUCAGUCGGAGUUCAGAUGGACAACGACACGUUUCAGAAGCUGUGGGAGAUCGCGACGUCGAGGUCGGACAAGGGUCAGGUCAGCGUGGAGAGUUUCCGCAGUGUGCUGGAUGAGGUACAGGCCAGUCAGUGCGUGGAAUCCUCAUAACAUGUCUCAUUCCUCCCAAGCAAGGAAGUUUGUGUUUGUGUUUGAGCUCUAGAAGCAACUGUGCUCUUAGGGCAAGCUGCCAUAAAAAGUCUACACAUUUUUUUAAUAAUUCUCCAGAAUUUUUUGUCAUGCGCAAGUAAUCUUGAUCGGUUUGUAAUACAAUUAACCAUUAGCACCUGUAUCACACGGUGUUUAUUGACUGAGGAAUCCGUAAACUAUUGAGUGUUGGGUGGUUUGUUGCGAUACAGGGAGAAAAAGUCAGGACAGUUUUGGGCGGUACAGUAAUAACGGGUUUAAUCUACUGUAGGCCUGUACACUUUAAGUAUAUGCUAAGGUGAGGAUGUGUGCCUUGUUAUGAGAGAUCUGGAUGUAAACUUUGUAAGAACAAAUUUUUAAAGAACAUGUACAAUUCUACGUUGAGUUUUCCAGGACAAAUUAUUACAAUACUUAUCUUCCAACAAAUGUUAUCAGUUUCACUCUCCAAAGAUCAAUACAGCAAUACACAAACUUUAUCUGAAUAAUAGUCGUACUUUAUUUGCCAAUGAACACUUUUUGUCUUCCUGUUUUAAUAUGAAAAAUAUAUAUAUAAUCUGGAAUGAUGAAUAUACGCAAAAAAUUAAUAUGAUGUACAAUUCCAUGUAGUUCUCAUUGAAUGAGAAAAUAACAAAAUGUUCCUCAGAUUCUCAGUUCAAGACUUUAAAAGUCUCCAUGUGUUUUCGCAUCCAAACAGAUUCAUGUUCACGUAUGGUGAGCUAUCCAUAACCAUUUUUACCAUUUCGUUGUUUUGAAUUGUGUACGAAUACGUUUAGUUAUCGGAACCGCUACCAAUAGGAGCACGCAUCCACAAUAGCAGCCUCCGAUGAACGCCUUGUAUCUGCAGCUAAUCCUUUCAUCCUCCUUCAAUCAAACUUACAAAAAUGAGGGUGUUAAUCAACAAUUUACUACGUGUUUCACACUGCUGUGUUCAUGCUUAGCAGAUAGCGGGUUGCAUAUAACGUCACAAGAGCACACAAACUGAUGACAUAUCCAGCGCACUAAGUGUAUCCAUUUGCUUGCGAAACCUCUCUAAUAUAUAAUACACGUUAUAAUAAUGGCAGGCAUUAAUAUAGCACUUUAUUGCAGCAACGGGGUAUCAGAGCGCUUUACAAUUAUUAAUAUUACCCCUGUUUCAACGGGCAAACUCUCCUAGAACCUUCUCAACUCCCUGGGGAGCAUACACGGCCGGUAGGCAGCCAUUCGGCGCUCGCCCGUAAUCAAUCUUUCACAGUAACCAACACUGCCCUCACGGGUACCCAUCUACUCCUGGGUGGGGAGAAGCAAUGAGUGCCAAAGGGCCUUGCUCAAGGGCACACGCACCAUAACACCAGGUUCAAAAUGGCAUCUGUAAUGGAGGUCAAGCCAAUAUACCAUUAAAUAUGUUAUAUAUUACGGCAUUUUAAUUCUUUCUAAAUUAUUCAAUUUAUUCCGCACUCAAAAGAGUUUGGAAUAAGUAGUACACAAUUAAGUAAUGUAACAAAUUAUUCUGGCCCUUAUUGAAC